AUGUCGGUCAAUCCUAUGGCCUACGAAGCGCAGUUCUUUGGCUUCAGCCCCCAGACGUGCGUGCUGCGUGUUUACAUCGCCUUCCAGGAUUACCUCUUUGACAUGAUGCUGGUGGUGGAGAGCGUGAUCCUGAAGAAGCUGGAUGCGUUUCCCGACUCUAAACUCAGCCCCUUACAGAUCCGGAAAUGCACGGAGAAAUUCUUUGCCUUCAUGAAAGAGCACUUUAACAAACUCUUCAGUAACCUGGAAAAAGUGCUGCUGCAGCUGGUGUUAAACAUCCCUCCGAACGUGCUCCUUCCCGAGGACAAGGUCCACCAGCAGUACCCCUACAGCAAGGAACAGUUCCAGGCGCUUCAGGACGAGGUGCAGGAGCUGCAGCGGCAGUACAGGGCUGAGGCGUCGGCGGGGCAGGCGCUUCGAGCAGAGCUGGAGGAGCAGAAGAUUGUCCAGGCUGAGCUGGAGAAGAUCUUGCAGUGGUUUGCUGGGCUGGAGAGCAUCUGUAGGGAGCAUGGGACCAGCAACGUCAAAGAAAGCUUCACUUUCUUGACACAGAACUCUAAGAAACUGCAGGAUGUGCUGAAAGAUGUUGAAAAGAAAAGCAAAAGGGUAAAGAAGCACCAUCAGUUACUGUGA